AUGGGCGAAGAGAUUGAGAAUAAUCCGUCGGAGCCGGAGCUCAAUAACAUCACAGAAGAAGACGCUGCCCCAGUCGAAGAGGAAGAACUGGUCGAAGAAGUGAACACUCAAUCGGCCGAAUACCUGGCUACUCUUCCCGACUCCUUCAAACAAAACACCCCCAAGAAAAACGCGCUCUCAAGCUCGCCGAAAACUUCCGACAGCAUCAAUGAAGCAAACACGGAAAAAGUGAUCUGCACGUAUGUCAUUCCCACUUUGAUCAGAUACGUCAACUUUUUCGACUGGCAGGACAUUGCUAACUACAUCAGGGAUGCCUUGACAGUUAGGCCGCUGAAAGAGCCGACAGUGCUCCCAACUCAACUGUCCUCUCCAUCCACGACUCUGGAGAAUCAAGCAGCAAACUGCUUCGAGUACAGUAACACGCUUUGCUCGCUUCUCCUCGGCGCAGGCUACGAUGCAUACGUCGUGUCCGGCUAUGCCACGCGCGAAAUUUGCACCAACGACUUGAGCUUCGACGAUCCGCCAGAAGCCCCGUCGCCCGAGCCGCCGAAACCAAAGACGCCAUCUCCUCAGCGGAAGUACACGGUGAAAGGGGCGCGCGAUCUUACUUCCAAGUUCGAGCAAAUGAUGGCCGAGCGCGAGGUCGCCGACGGAAUCAAAAGGAAGAAGGAAGAGAAGAUCAGGGCGAAGAAAGAACGCGACGCGAAUGAACAGCCCGGCGAAGAUGAGCUUUGGGGAAGACGCAUUCACUCCUGGGUCAUUGUUCGCCCCGGCCGGCGGGAAGUUGCGAAACCUUUCUUUAUUGAGCCAUUCAGUGGCCUUGGAUUUGAAGUGUCAGACGACAAGUUCCUUGGCGUGGAGUCCUGCUGGAACGACUUCAACUUCUGGGCGUGCGUUCAGGAUUCGAGCGAAGGUGUCGACAAAAUCAAAUGGGACGUGACGGACAUGAAGACUUGGGAACCGCUCGUCGGGCGGACGAAGAGAAUCGAUGACGGGACUGAGCGGAGUCCACUCGACGACGCCGCGGAUGAAGAGCCCUUCGACGAUCUUUCCCUGCCGAACGCCCUUCCUCUUUCCUGGUGCGAUCAUCCGGACAUUUCAGUGCUCCAAAUGGAGAAACGCGCACCCACCGGAAUCAAAAUCAUCAAGUACAAACGAUGCAUCGUGGAAAUGUUCUCGCCUUACGUCGAAAAAGAUGGCUUGGUUUUCAGACAAACGUUUUUCGAAGACCGAGAAUACGAAAAGAAACUCACCCAGGAAUGCCAGUACAAGAGGCGAGAAGACUGCUUGGAAAGCCGCUUCUUUGAUCACGUGGAAAACACGGUCGUGGAACAUUACGGCUCGGGCAGAGAAGAUUCUUUGAAGCGACAGACUGUCGGAAUCGCAGAUAGACCAGACGGGCUUGUUUACUUGAACUCCACGCCUCAAUCGCUUGAAUUGCACUACACUGGGCGAGAAGACAAACUCCACUUCCGGUCUGUCCAAUUUGAAGAGCCUGGGAAAGCAAAACUCGUCGCUGUCGGCGAAAAGGUCCGACGCAAGAUUAUUGAAAUUAUCGAAAAGAGCGGGCGACACCCGGAAAUUGAAAACGCGGACGACGAUAUUGCCUGCGUCAGGUAUCUUCUCGCACAGGACAAGAUUGCUUUUCGAUAUCACAAAAAGGACGGCUUCGUGACGAACUCGACGCGCAUCUUCGAAAAACCAGACAACGCGGACGACAAAAACAUGAAUGUUUCCUUCUCCGCCGACAUGAACUCCACUUUCACGGCUCACAACGGCGUCGACGUCGAUCUAGCUGCUCAGGCCAGGCAAUUGCCAGUUUAUCAAAAACUCAUUGCCGCGAUCAAAAGCGAAACAGUUGCAAUCAAACAAGUGAGACUAAUAGAAGAAUCGAUCAAAGAACUACUGGAACAAUUGCACGAAGAAGAUAACGCGCCCGAGCUUAAAAUUUCCGUCCGCGACAUUAACAGAAACGAAAAAGCAAAGACCCGACGAGAAUACCUCGCUCAUCAAGCAGAUCUCGAAGAGAAGCGAAAAAAGGAAGUGGAAAUGGACUAUUUGGCUCCUUUCCUGGCUCAACUUGGACAUCCGAAAUCUUUUACAAAGGAAGAUGUUGCCAAGCUCACGAGAGAUUGCCUCGAAGACUGUAAACAACGAGUGAUCGAACAGGGAAAGCAAAUCCAAGCAAACUUCGACAAGGAGUCGCAGAAACUCAAGGCGCGCCAGGUCGAGUACCAAAAUCGCCAAACUUCGAUGCACAAAGAGGAAGAAGAAGCUUAUCGCCAGUUCUGCUCGGAGGCGAUGUUCCGCAUUUCGAUUCUGAAGAUGCGCCUCGACCGACACAAGAUCAACGCGCCGCAAAAGUACGCCGCUUUGGACCAGAAAUUAAAAGCCGACCCUCGUUUACGCGUUACCAGCGAUUGA